AUGUCGCGUGUCUUGGCCUGUUUGGCGUCAUUGGCGUUGCUGGUUGCCACUGUUCGGCUGGCAGCCGCCGCCACGUGCUUCGACCUUCCGCCCGUCCUGCAGAACGACCCUGUGCAGAACGAGGCUGCAACAACGCCGUCGGUCGCUGCCAUGUCAUGGACGCCCAACUUGGUUGCUGGUGGGUGCAAUGAGGCGUUGGAGGGCUACAUCAUUGACCUGGUGUUGCCCUCGCCUAUGUCUCCUCUCGCUGCGCUGACCUCCUCGGCUCUCAACAGCUACACUAUCACUGAGCUGGACCCUGGCCAGACUGCAGCCGGCUUCUUUCGGCCGUACGGCCAGUGGCCGUCAGACCAGGAUGAAGGCAGCGACUUUGACCGCUUUUCUCGGUGCGGAGUUCUUGUCUCGCCGGAUCGCUCUGGAGCAGACGAGCUCGACGACUGCAUGUGCCCAGCCGGCUUUGGCCGAACCACGCCCACCGAACCGUGCGUCCAGUGCGCCGCCGGCACCUACCGCAGCGGCUUUGGUAAUGAGAUCUGCACCGAGUGCCCGGCCGGCACCGACUCUCCUGCUGGCGCCACCUCGCUCGCGCAGUGCGUCUGUCCUGCCGGUGAUUACCUCGACGACCCUGGACCACCGAGCAAGAUCUGCACCGCCUGUCCGAUCGGGACAUGGAAGGCUGCGCUGUCGGACGCAACGUCGUGCAACGAGUGCGAUCUUGUGACAGAGACAACUGUCGGCAACAGUUCGACGUCUGCAGCUGCCUGCGUGUGCAAGGAUGGCUAUUUUCGCAACGCCACCUCGGGCGAGUGUGAGCUCUGUCCGCUUGGCAGCUACUCGGACUCGCUCAAUGCCGGAAGCUGCACGGCGUGUCCAGAAGGCUUUACCACGCUUGACGAGGGCGCAACCUCGGCUGCUGCGUGUGCGGUGUGUGCGCCUGGGCGGUUUGGUGCCGACUGCAGCGGCCUGUGUGCAUGCGCCGACGGGACCCUGUGCAUCGACGGCUUGACAGGUUCCGGCAACUGUACCUGCUCGUCCGGCUCGGGACUCUCGGGACCUAGUUGCGACCAAUGCGAGGUUACUACCUACUACGGCCCGCACUGCAACAUGACGGUCGAGUGCUUCUUUGGCCUGCCCUCGUUUGGCUUUUUGGGCACCGGCACAUGCGUGGCGUGCCACGCCGACCGCUACGACCACUCGGCUGACAAUCGAUGCACGACCUGCGCGCCGAACAACUCUGGGGUCGACUGUCGGACGUGUCUCGCCGGCUCGGGCGUGAAUCCGGCCGACGUCGGCGGUUUGUGCACGCCGUGCUCGCCCGGGCGGUUCAACCCAAGCGCACGCAUGGGCGCGCCAUGCCAGCAGUGCGCGCCGGGCUCGUUCUCAACUCAGCCACGUGCAACAGGGUGCGAGCUUUGCGCCCGCGGCGAGUACCAGCCGUCGCCUGGUGCGGUGGGAUGCCUGCCGUGCGGCCUCGGAAUGACGACGGGAGCCGCCGGUGCGGCAGAUAUCUUUGCGUGCAGCCCGUGCCCGGAGAACACGUUCAAGGACGUGGUCGGCGCCGGUGUCUGCCUCCAGUGUCCGGGCAACCAGACGACGGACGGCGAGACCGGCGCAAGCGUGCCCACCGCCUGCGGGUGCCCGCCCGGCGAGGGUGGCGGCGAGCUUGCCGGCGUUCCGACGUGUCUCCCGUGCACACCCGGAUAUGUCUCGCAGUCGCACGGGACUCAGCCGUGCACGAUCUGCCCGCGUGGUACUACGUGGGCGUCGGCGUCGGCCGGAUGCCUCCCGUGUCCGUUUGGUGGCUACUGCACCGGCGGCGCGGCGCGCCCUGUUCCGGACAACGGGUUCCAUCCUGUGCCUGGUCUCCCGCUAUCGGCGGCGGUCUUUGAGCCGUGCACACCGGCCCGUGUUUGCCUCCGCGGCGGGCUCUGCCGGGACGGCCACGGCGGUACACGGUGUGCGUUCUGCCUCGACGGCUGGGUCAAGAAUCCGCAAACAGGCGUGUGCGAAAAGUGCCCGUCGUCGAUUCCGUACAUCUUUGUCGGCAUUGCGCUCCUUGGCGGCAUUCUCUGCCUGCUCCUGGUCAAGCUUGCCCGGAAGAACACGGCGUUCUUUACCGCGGCCUCGGUCGGGUUCAACUACUUGCAACUCAUUGCCAUUCUCUCGUCGUUCAACAUCAAGUGGCCAAGCUGGACGCAGCGAUUCUUUGAGGUGCUCUCGGCGGCCAACAUUGACCUGCAGCUGUUCAAGCCCGAGUGUCUGGUCUCCAACUCGUCGGAAGCGUACACCACCAUUUGGAUCAUCAAGCUCUGCGCGCCGUGGUUUUUGCUUUCUUUGUUCCUCAUCGGCUUUGGAGCAUACAAGCUGUACGCGCAACUCCGGGGCGUGGCGCCGAUUGUGCAGGCGUCGAUGAAGUACGCGUUCACCAACGCGGCGGUCAUGGCCAUGUUUGUCAUGUACCUGCUGGUGACCAACACCGCGUUGGAGAUCUUCCCUUGCACCAAGCAGGUCGAUGGCAAGCACACGAUGAACCGCGAGCCAUCGAUUCGGUGUUACGAGGGCAGGUGGAACAAGCUCCUUGCCGGCUCGCUCGUCACCAUGAUCAUGUUCUCGCUCUUUAUGCCGGCAGCUGUUGCGUUUGUCCUCUACCGGCGGCGGUUCAACCUGUGGAAGCGAAAGAACCUCUCGCGGUUCGGCCUCCUCUACCUCCGCUACCGGCCGCAGUUUUACUUUUUCGAGAUUGCUGUCCUCUGCCGCAAGUUUGGCGUCGUCUUUGGCAAAGUGGUGUUUUCGUUCUCGGUGGUGGGCCAGGUGGUGACCGCCAUGUUGGUCGUUUCUGCCUCGCUGAUUCUUCAGCUCAAGAGCCACCCGUACGCCACGAUGCGGAUCAACCGGCUGGAAGUGCUCAUGCUCUCGUGCGCCACGCUUGUUCUCACGGUGGCGUUUGGCUACGCGCUCGCCGAUGGCGACCUGUCGACGGCGACGGCGACGUUGCUUGGCGUCGUUCUUAUUGUAGUUGUCUGCGCCACGGUCUUGGUCAUUGUCAUCUGCAUCAUCCUCGAGAUCCGCAAGACGUACCGGCUCAUUCAGCAUGGGCUCGUCGGGCGGUACGUGGUCGAUCGGCUAGAUGUAUGGCAGCCGUUCUUUGAUGCCGAGCUGCACUUGCUCUCGCACACACAGAAGCCGGACGAAGGUGGCUCGCAGGUUGCGGGCUCGUCGAUUGUGAUGACGUUUGCGUCGGAAAAGCCGGUCCAGCUGGUGUGCGAGAUCUUCCUCGAGUCUGUAAUUACUCGGCGCACAGAUGCGUCCAAGGACCGCUUGGCGGCCGACCUGUCGCCGCUGUGGCAGCCCAAGGCACAGCGCGUCGACGUCUCGGCCGACCUUCGGCUGCACACAGUGGUAAUGCGUGCGCCGCGGCCCGGGCACUAUGUGGCGACAUUUGCCGUGGUCGACUGCAGCGAUGGCGUUGACGCCAGAGCGCGCCGGGUGUCGAACACGGACAUGGAGCGACAGUCGCGCUGGCACAAAUGGUGGUCAUCGUUUGUGGCGUUUGUGGACGGGUCGGUGACCGACCAGGCACACGCACCGUCGAUGGUGCGGGCUAUGAUGAUCGACGGCGCCGAGCGGGUGAUCCGGUUCCGGGUCACUGCAUCGCCAGAGUGGGAGGCAACCGAUGCUAUGGUCGGGUCGAAGGUUGACCUCUCGCGCGGCGGCUCGUCGGGCGAGCUUGUCUCGGAGCAGCCGUGGGUCGAGGCCAGCGAGAUGCAUUCGAUCACGACGAUGGACGAAGCACAGCUCGACGCCCAGUUUGGCGGCCAGCUCGAGACGUUUGCAUGAGUGCGUCACAGGCUGAUGUGACUAUUAAACCAUUUCGGUGUUGCUC